UAAAUUUGAGACUCGGAAAUGUUGGAUAGAAGUGUCUUGGUGCAUGAGGGACUAAAGUACAGUCCUCUGGGUUGAUGCAGUGUUAAAUAACCUGUCACCUGUAUGGACCGGUGCUCUUUAACCAUUAUUAGCCACCUUAUCAGAUAAAAUAGGAGUAUAAAAGGGGGUAUUAGUGCAACUGUUAGAGUAAGACACGGGGCCAUUGCUAGAGCGUGUUACCAUGAAUGCUUCAACAAGUUUACGAGUGCGUCUGCCAGUGUUGGUGCUGGUGUUGCAAGUUGCCAUCCUGACUCUGUAUGCUGUCUUUGUCACUUACGAUGACAGUGCCAAUGCCAAGCUGCAAAACAAUGAGACCAACCCCAUGGACAACGCCCUGUAUCGCGACUAUCCUUUCUUUGCAGACGUCCAAGUCAUGAUCUUCAUAGGUUUCGGCUGCCUGCUGGCCUUCUGCCGAUUCUACGGCUUCAGUGGAAUGGUCUUCAACUUUCUUACAGCCACCUUUGCGAUCCAGUGGGCUAUCGUCAUACAGGGAUUCUUCCAGUUUUACCAUGAUGGUAAAAUCCACCUGGGUGUCAUCAACCUGCUGUAUGCGGAGUUUGCCUGCGCUGUGGUGCUCAUCUCCUUUGGGGCCGUGAUUGGGAAGACCAGCCCGGUGCAGCUCCUGGUAAUGGCUUUUUUGGAGAUCCCCGUGUUUUCAGUGGUAGAGUGGGUCGUAUUGAAAUACAUCAGGAUAAAUGAUGCGGGUGGCAGCAUCCUUAUUCACCUGUUCGCCUGCUACUUCGGUCUUGGGGUGACAUUUGUGUUGUAUCGCCCGGCCCUAAGUAAAGGACACUCAAAAGAAAUUACUAGUUACCAUUCUGACAUCCUCUCAGUGAUGGGAACCUUGUUCCUGUGGGUGUUCUGGCCCUCAUUCAACUCUGCUCUAACCCUGAAAGGCGACGAUCAACACAGAGCAAUCCUGCACACUUUCAUCGGUCUAAGCUCAUCCACUCUGACUGCAUUCGCACUUUCGGCAGUGUUUAAUAAGAGAGGCAAGCUCACAAUGGCUGACGUCCAGAAUGUGACUUUGGCAGGUGGUGUGACAGUUGGGGCAUCAGUGGACAUGAUGAUUUCUCCUUCAGCCGCCUACGCUUUGGGCAUUAUGGGAUGCACUGCUUGUUUCUUUGGAUACAAGUACCUCAGCCCCUUUUUAGCACGCCACAUGAAGAUCCAGGACCAGUGCGGCAUCCACAAUCUGCAUGGGCUCACAGGCCUCAUUUCAUCGACAGCGGGGAUCUGCGCUAUCCUGCUCGCCACAGAGGAAACCUACGGUCCCAGCAUGUACCAGAUCUUCUCCCACCGCGCUCCACCUGUGGGAGAUCCAAAGCUCCUGGAGCUUCAGGAGCUGAUCCCUGGGCUAAAGCCUGGCUUGGGGCGUACGGCACAAGAGCAGGCUCUGUACCAAGUGGCAGCGGUCUUUUCCACCAUUGCAGCAUCUACUGUUGGUGGGCUGCUCACUGGUUUGGUCUUGAAGUUGCCAUUCUUGGCUUCUCCAUCAGAUGAGGACUGUUUUGAUGAUGAACCGUUUUUUGACUUGCCUUCAGAUGUUAGCCAGGUUGAAAUGCUCAAGCAAUAAAUAACCUGUAAUGACAAGAAAGUAUGAAUGAGAUCCUUAAACUCAGGUUUGAUUCGAAACACCUUUCCUGACACUGUUUAUAUACCGUAAAUGUGAGGCGUCCCACUUGUAAAUGUUGAAAACCUUUAUAUUUGUUUACGAGAAUGGUGUAAUUUGUUGCGAACAUACAAAAUUGCAUUGUCCAGAUGUGCCAGCCUGAUUGAGACAUAUCCACACACACUCAGUGUGCUGUGGUUGCAGCUAAAGGUGUAUCUACUAAUGCAGUCUUUACUUUAACUUAUAUACUUUCAACAGACACCAACUUGUAAAAAUUUGUUUUCACUUUGACGAAAUGAGUUUUUUUUUGUUUUUUGUGAAUUCUUGUGCAAAAAACAAAUUGCAGUGACCUUGAUUUUUUUUCUAAAAAAAAAUAAAAAGC